CACAGGCCACAAACAAGAAGAAGAAGAAGACACAUUACAUUGAUCAUGCACAUCUCCAUCACCACCUAGCAACCUCCUUACCUUCUCUCACAGAAAACAACCAUGGCUUUUCAUUCCCAUUCCCAUUUCCUUUUCUUCUUUUUUCUCACAGCAGGGCUAGCUCUACUCUUCCCCUCCACAGCAGAACCCCAUCUCACCGAAAACUACUACGAAAAAACAUGCCCCAAAUUCAACGACAUCGUCCAGCAAGUCGUGACCGACAAGCAAAUUGCGACCCCGACAACGGCCGCCGCAGUCCUCCGCCUCUUCUUCCACGACUGCGUGCUGGAAGGCUGCGACGCCUCCCUCCUCAUCGCCUCCAACUCCUUCAACAAGGCGGAGCGCGACCAUGACACCAACGUCAACCUCCCCGGCGACGGCUUCGACACCAUUUCCCGCAUCAAGACCUCCCUCGAGCUCCAGUGCCCCGGCGUCGUCUCCUGCGCAGACAUCAUCUCCGCGGCCACCCGUAACCUCAUCAACAUGGUCGGCGGGCCCCACUACCGGGUCAGCUUCGGCCGCAAGGACGGCCUCGUGUCCCGAGCCGACCGCGUCGACGGCCACUACGCCAAGACCAACAUGACCAUCUCCGAGAUCAUCAACCUCUUCGCCUCCAAGAAGCUCUCCGUACAGGACAUGGUCGUCCUCUCCGGGGCCCACACCAUAGGCUUCUCCCACUGCAAGGAGUUCAGCAACCGGAUCUUCAAUUUCAGCAAGACCUCCGACAUCGACCCGACCCUCAACGCCAAUUUCGCGAAGGGGUUGAAGAACCUCUGCGCAAAUUACACAAGUAACCCCGGCAUGUCGGCCUUCAACGACGUCAUGACCCCGGGCAAAUUCGACAACAUGUAUUUCCGCAACUUGCAGAGAGGGCUGGGCUUGUUGAGCACGGACCAGGCUCUGAUGGCGGACGAGAGGACGAAGCCGCUUGUGGAUCUCUACGCGUCGAACGAGAAAAAGUUUUUUGAGGAUUUUGCUCAGUCUAUGAUCAAGGUUAGCCUUAUGAACGUGAAGACAGGGAAACACGGAGAGGUGCGCCGCAGAUGCGAUGCCUUCAACAAUCUCAAGAUUUAAAACAAGAAAUUAAGAAGAAUAUUUUGUCGACUUAAAAACUCAUUUUUUGAUUUUUGAUUUUUGAUUUUUUGAUUUCUUUUGUAAAGUUUAGAAAGACGAAACUGUUGUAUCUUCAAGAUACAUAGCUGCAAAUUUUGCAAGCAAUUGUGCAGCUUAUUAAAGGUAUAAACUUGCAAAUUCAUAA